AAAAAGUACAACUUAUAAACCGUUAUAAAGAACAAAGAUCAAUCCUUGGUUACUACGGGAUUCGUACCAACUAUCUCCUCACUACAUAGCGUUUAUUGGGAAGCCGAGAUCGCCCCGUCAGAGAAGCUCUGUUUUAACUUUGUAUGAUAUGCAAAUUUAAUGCGUAGUUUGCGCAUGCUCAAAUAAAUUUCUCUUAGCUAACUACAGAAGCAAGAAAUUCUUGUCUAUCAAAUCGGACAACUGAGUGUGAUAUUUGACUGAACAAAUAUUAAGUAUUUUUUCUAAUCAGUUAUUCCAUUUACAGAGCCAUAUUUUAGGAUUUAUUUUUUCAGAUACAUGAUGCUAUUAUUAUUAUUGUUUGGAUUUUCUUUGGGCUAUUCUAAUGCUGAUAAAGUAAAUAGCACCUCUCCUUCGAAACCCAAUCUAUUGGAAGAGCUUGACCGAAUACUGAGACCAGACAUAGUUGCUUUGAUUGGAUUGAAAUCCAGAGGAGGAAGUAGCUUCAUUCCAUUAGAAAGCCAGCAAUUUAAAUGUAGGAUUUUAAAUAGUCUUUAUAGAAAUGCAAAAAUAUCGAAUCCGACCUUUCUUAACGACAUGUUAACUCCUCAAAUGAUGAAUAUGCUGGAAAAUUGUUCGACAAGAGACUUCAGAAUUGCAGAUUUCUUUAGUCAAGCUCCAAUUUUUCCCGGUACUCUAUGGUGUGGACAAGGAAAUUUGGCCGAAAACUUUCACGAUCUUGGCUAUUUCAACCAAACUGAUGCUUGCUGCAGGGAUCAUGAUUAUUGCGAUGACAUUAUUCGGCCUGGUAAAACAAAAUACAAUCUAGCCAACCCUUACAAAAUUACUAGAUUGCAUUGCAAAUGUGACACUGCUCUUCGUCAAUGCUUCAGAAAAGUGAACACUCCUAUUUCUAACACAGUGGGAUACAUUUUCUUCUCUCUCCUUCAAACUCAAUGCUAUGACUUCGACUAUCCAGCAUCACGAUGUUUAGUUUGGAGACGUGGUUCAAUAAGGGAAUACUGCGUAAAAUAUGAGCUUGAAGAGGAUAAGCCCAAGAUGUGGCAAUGGUUUGACCAAGAACCUUAUUUGUAACUACCUACCAAUUCAUAAACAUAUCUAAAUAUAUCUGUGACAAAACUUCGUGGUGAAUGUUUUUUACUGUAUUUAUGUCUAGUUUUAAUAAAUUUUACGUAUUU